GCUAGGCCAGAAGACUGUGGACAGCGCCUAAGGAACUGCACGACGAUGAUCCGGCCCUUCCUUCACGACUUGAAGUAUAUGUUUCCAACGACGAUAGAGGACGUUGAGAAAAUGUGCAGAAUUUGGGGUAGUUUCGUUGACUGCAUUCGAUAUUACACCAAAGACUGCGCCACGGCUGACCAGCGGAGGAGAUUCAAUAACGCCGUCGGAGACUCAAUGGACACAGUUCGGGCCGUGUGCUCGUCCGAAAAAUAUCAGAAAGAAUAUCUUCAAAGCGCUACCUGCUUCCGCAAAGUUUCCGUGGAGAAAUGCGGCCCUCACUACAACGAUUUAGUGGAGGAAGUUACGAACACGGUGACCAACAACGAUAACAUCUGUUGUUCCUACACGAAGUUCAAGAGCUGCGUAAGUGAACCUCUGCUCAGACUUUGUGGAUCGCGAGCCCGCACCAUUAUGGAUCAUUCGAUGGCUUUCCUCAUACACAGGUGCUCCUCAAAAUCAUUCUCACUUUCUUACGAAUGUCCGAAAACAGGACGGGGUCGCCUCGACCCCGAUGUCGCGGUCGACGGAACUAUGCCUUCCGACGGCUCAAGUCACAUGACUGCUCAUGGAUCUCAGAACGAUCGUGAAGGGAACGGCAACGCGGAAUCGUCGACGAAUUCGGGAUCGAUCGUCAUCCAACUCGGGAUCGUCAACAAAUUCGGGAUCGUCCACAAACUCGGGAUCUUCAACAAACUCGGGAUCGUCAACGAACUCGGGAUCUUCAACCAGCUCGGGAUCGUCGACCAGGACAGGGUCAUCGCCUUCGUUCCCUCAUCCGUCGAGCAACGUUGGCCCGUUCUCAAAAUCUGCGACGGGUGUCGGCAUCGGCGGAUCCGGCGCAGACACCUCGCGUAG